AUGUAUGGAGUUCUUCGUAGGGGCGGAAAUAAAAAAGAUAAGGCCUUCUUCGUUUUCGAUGAAAAACAAAUCGACAUCUCGAUCUCCGACAGCGUUUUCCUUACCCCGCCGCCGCCCGGCCCGCGUUAG